UCUUACUUUCUAGGGUGAAUUUGGACCAGCAGGGUUACCAGGGAUUGAUGGCAGGGAUGGCGAGUCAGGGCCACAAGGACCUCCAGGACUACCUGGGCAACCAGGACCUAGUGGGGACAAAGGUAAUAAAGGAGAAAUGGGACCUCCUGGUCUGAUGGGGCCACCUGGAUUACCAGGCCCUCCAGGCAAAGCAGGCAGGGAUGGAAGCAAAGGUGAAAAAGGUGCUACGUCUUCUGUGAGAUAUAUUCAACAGGAUAGCCGGAGCCUAGAAGGAGCAAAAGACUUUAUAACAGGUCCACCAGGGCCACCUGGUCCACCAGGUAUCAGGGGGAUACAGGGUCCACCAGGAAUAAAGGGUGACAAAGGAAAAGAUGGGGAGAAAGGAGAACCUGGUGAGAAGGGAAACACAGGAAACUUAGGCCCAAUGGGGUUACCUGGUCCAAGAGGUUUACAAGGUGAAACUGGUUAUCCUGGACUUGAUGGAGAAAUGGGUCCGCCAGGGUUGGAUGGCAUGAAGGGUGAACAAGGUGAAAGAGGCAGCCCAGGGGAGAAGGGUGAACCAGGGUUGCCGGGUACUGACGGCAUCCCUGGCCUGAUGGGCCCGAAAGGAGAAAAGGGAGAUGUAGGAACUUCUGGUUUGGCAGGAAGAAGAGGAAAGAAAGGAGAGAAGGGGGAGAAAGGUGACCAGGGGGUUCCUGGUUUAGAUGCUCCGUGUCCUCUAGGCGCCGACGGACUACCUCUACCUGGCUGUGGGUGGAAACCCCCUAAUGUG